GGCGGUCGCGGAUACGCGUCGUCACUCGCUGGCGCACGCGUGCUGCCCUUUCUCUUCGCGCAAAUUGUGUGGUGCUGCUGCUGUGCUGCUGGUACUGCUGUGCUACUACCGAAGAGUUGUUGGAUUUUGCCAAUCGACUCGUGUUAAAGAAUGUCGCGUGCCAGAGCCAGCAGAAGACCAGCGACCAGCAGUCGCAGCAACAGUGACGAAGACAGGGUGUCCCUUAGCGGCAGCAACGUCAGCUCGCCAACCACGGCCACUGCCAGCGGCGACAUGACUUGCGACACCAAACCAACCAGCGGCACGGGACCCACCGAGCCCAAAGUACCUCUCAAGCCUGAGCAAUUGGCAGAAUUGAAAAAAGAAGAAGCUAACCAAUUGUAUGCUGGUAAGCAAUACAAACAAGCACUUGUAGGUUACAAUGAGGUUAUUGAAUUAUGCCCAGAUAUUGCCAGAUACUACAGUAAUAGAUGUGCUUGUUACAUGAUGCUAUCUCAAUACAGAGAUGCUCUUAAAGAUGCUAAAAAGUGCAUUGAACUGGAUCCUCAAUUUCUUAAGGCUUACACACGUUUAACUAAAUGCUCAUUAAUGUUGGGAGAUGUGGUCGAAGCUGAGACUGCAAUAGAAAAAUUAGCACAGCUAGAACCUUCUAAACAAUCAGUUGCUUCAGAACUAAAUGAUCUUUCUAUUCUAAAAAGAUAUUUGAGAGAAGCUGAAGUUGCUUACAAUGCUAAAGACUACCGCAAGGUUGUUUACUGCAUGGAUAGGUGCAAUGAAGUUAGCUCAUUUUGUCCUAGAUUUAAAAUCACGAAAGCUGAAUGUCUAGCCUAUUUGGGAAGAUAUGCAGAAGCUGAAAUGAGUGCAAACGACGUAUUGCACACAGAUAAACAGAAUGCUGAUGCAAUAUACGUGAGAGGCACGUGUUUGUACUAUCAAGAUAACAUUGACCAAGCUUUCAAACAUUUCCAGCAAGUUUUACGUUUGGCUCCUGACCACAAUAAGGCCUUGGAUAUUUACAAGAAAGCAAAAUUAUUAAAGCAAAAAAAGGAAGAAGGAAAUGCUGCUUUCAAAGCAGAAAAAUAUCAAGAAGCUUACAAUUUGUACACUGAGGCAUUACUUAUUGAUCCAAACAACAUAAAAACAAAUGCUAAAUUACAUUUCAACAAAGCAACUGCAGCCGCCAAGUUGAAGAAAUUAAAAGAAUCGGUAAUCGAAUGUAACGAAGCACUUAAGUUGGACGACAGUUACCUAAAAGCUAUUUUAAGACGAGCAGCGUGUUUUAUGGAACUUCAGGAAUAUGAGGAAGCUGUGCGUGAUUACGAAAGAGCUUGCAAAGUCGACAAAAGUCGAGAUAACAAACGCCUUCUUUUGGAAGCUAAAAUGGCUCUAAAAAAGUCCAAGAGAAAAGAUUACUAUAAAAUUCUUGGAAUUGACAAAAAUGCUUCUACAGAUGAUAUUAAAAAGGCAUAUAGAAAGAGGGCAAUGGUUCACCAUCCAGAUAAGCAUGCGAGCGCUUCUGAAGUAGAGAAAAAGGAACAAGAAAUCAAAUUCAAAGAAGUAGGAGAAGCUUACGGCAUUCUAUCUGAUCCGAAAAAAAGAUCAAGAUACGAUAGUGGUCAGGAUUUGGAAGAAUCUGACUUUAAUUUCCAAGAUAUGGACAUGGAAAGCCGAUUCCAAGAAUUCUUUGGCGGGCCAUUUGGUAGUGAUUGUGGGCGGGCUUUCCGAUUCGAAUACUUUUGAUCUUCCAAUCCGAUCGUAAACCAUAUCAAUGAAGAUAUACUUGUAUAUUAGUUCACCUAUAACAUUCAGAAUCCUCACAUUAGACAAUUGAAAAUUUGUUCUGAAAAUCAAUACGAACCAGAGGUGUUCAGGCUCAUUUUAUCGCGAAUUCGUACGUACUAAGUUAUUUCGAGAAAUGAAUCACAAUUGAAGUAAAUACUGAUAUAUUUCUCGACAAACGCGUGAAUGUAUGUGAGUGUUGUCUUCUCAAUCAUCCAUUUUUAUACCUUUUACCUUACAAAUGGAUCACUCAUACGGCUUUCGAAUUUAUGAAUAAUGAAUAAUGAAAACAAAUUGGACAGCUGUAAUGAUUUGCUAAUCGAGUUUUGCGCAUCGGAAGAUUUUAUAACGUAAUCACUUACCUUAUUUAGUAACAAGUUCUCCACAAGUUACGUGUUAAAAACAACUUUUUCGCUGAAAGCUGUGCAUUUUUAAUGUUGAAAACAUGUUAAAAGUGAUUGGUAUACACUUCUGAUGCAAAACAUGAUAAAAUAUUUGUCAAUCCUUCGCUGUUUUCUUCUUCAUCGGCAAAAUGAAUCGAUAGUUUCUUAAUUUUGUUAAUUUGAUUCUUAUAGUUUUGUUUUUUUUAAAGAGCUCACACGAAUUGCAUAAAUAUAAAAAUUUGACAAGUUUUCGAAUUAAUUAUUUUGGAAGCAACAGCAAUCUAUUAUUUCAUUUUUAUAUUAAAAAAAACGUGCAAAAUAAACACCUAUUAUGUGUAUAUCAUUUUUGCACAUAAACGCUCACAUAAGAAGAUGGGAGUCAGUAUAGUCAAAAAUAUGGAUUCUCUCUACUAAGUGUAUAUGCCGUUAAAUCAAUUCCAAUUUAUACUUUGACGUAUUCAGACUCUAGUUUGGAGAGUUUGUUAGAGUAAUUUGUAUAAGUUUCAUCAUGUUGAACAUUUUUGAAGUAAGCAUAAUAAAUAAAACAACUUUU